AUGAGGGAUCGGCCCGUCAUCAGCAUCGAAAAUUACACCAUAUACUGCGGCGAUGCUGAUGAGAACAAAGUAGGUGGCUGCGCGAUAGCUGUGAGGAACGAUUACAAGAACCUGGUGGAGGAAUUUGGCUCAACGUCGAUCGUAAGUGCCCACGCACCUACGGAAACCGCUGAGGACAACAGUAAGGACGCCUUCUAUGAUGAACUCAAUGCAUUGAUGUCUAAAAUACCAAGCCAGCAGGUGGUCAUUGUCGGAAUCGACGCAAAUGCGAAGAUGGGACUCGAACAGCAAUCCGAUGUGCUAGGAAAAUGGUGCUAUGCAGCGGAGCGCACGUCGGACAACGGUGACCGUCUAGGCGACUUGUGCGAACAGACGGGCCUCAUUAUCGGUUCCACGUUUAAGAGGAAUCAUCGACGCCAUCAGCUCACGUGGUAG